AUGUUCUUAAGAGCAAAAGAAGCUAAUGAAUGGCUAGACAAUAGAAGAAUAGCAAUUGCAAUAGAAAUAUUAAGGGAAGAAGCAGCUGACUGGUACAAUCUAGAUUUAGAGAAAGAUUCUUAG